AUGUCCCUGGCAGCUUCCGACACUGUCAUUCCUGCACUCGUUGCCAACCUGAAUUACCUUCGCGAUGCCUUCGUCAAUGUAGAUCUGGUAGCGACAGCCAAAGCGUGUGUGAAUGACCCAUCUCUCGUUGUCGAAUACUACAAGUCAACCGAUGCAUUCGUUGUUGCCGCCGAGAUCAUGAUUGCACUCACCGUAUUGCACUGUGCCAUGGGUGAAAUCACCAGAAACUAUAGCCAAGUCGAUAAGGCGUGGUCCAUCUUGCCAGGCGUCUAUGCAUGGCAUUUCACUAUCCACGACUACCUCAACCGCUCCUCGAUUCAUCCACGAUUAUUGCUUGCCAGUAUCCUCAUCACCCUUUGGGGCAUGCGUUUGACAUACAACUUUGCUCGUAAGGGAGGCUAUGAAUGGCAGGGUCGCGAUUAUCGCUUCGUUUACAUCCACGAGUUUCUUGGUCAAGUUGGCAUGUCCAUUUUCAACAUGAUCUUUAUUGGUCCUUUCCAAGACACAUUGCUGCUUCUCAUGGUCACUCCACUCUAUCUCAACACCCAUAUGCAAGACCUCACCUUGAACAAGAUCGAUUUGGUUGCCACCAUCCUAUUCCUUAUGCUCCUGCUUAUCGAAGGAAUUGCCGAUGACCAACAAUUCAUGUUCCAAACGAAAAAGUAUGCAUUGCUUGAAUUUGUGGACAAUGAUAAGAAACGACUUUCGGGCGAUUACAAAAAGGGAUUCCUAUGCAGCAGUGGUCUAUGGCAAUAUAGCCGACAUCCCAACUUUUUCGCAGAGAUUUCUCUUUGGUGGUGCAUUUACUUGUUUUCCGUUGCAGCCAUUAUUCAACAGGUGGGCUACGAUAGCCUCAUGCAAAUGGAUGUGUGGAUCAAUUGGACCAUUCCUGGCGCCUUUAUCUUAACCAUGCUCUUCCAAGGAAGCACAUGGUUGACCGAGCUUAUCUCUAGCGAAAAAUAUCCAGAGUACUUGGAGUACAGAAAGAAUGUCAAUCGGUUCAUCCCUUGGUUUCCAACCCGCCAGCAUGUUGAUUCAAGCAAAAAAGAAUUGUAG